UAAUAGGCGGUUUACCAAGUUGUUUCAUUCCUGAAUAAAUUACAAAAAGCUCCCUGAAGGAAAAAAAAAAUAUUCCAACAAUUACAAGACAAUCGUUUGUCUGCGAGACAGAUAGCAAUCACGUUACUGCCUCUCUGUUGCCUAACUGACUGAAAGUGAAGGCGGAAGUACGCACAAGUGAAGCCUCUCACCCCGAAGAUACACUAAGCUUGGAACAAAUCAAAACAAACAAUUCCUGGAAAUAAGUGAGUGUUGGAUGCUACUUUGUAUCUGUCAUUAACCACGCUGGGUGUCUCACAAAGAGACCUUCGUCAUGUCGAAAAUGGAGAAACACUUGUUCAACCUCAAGUUUGCUGCCAAGGAGCUCCAACGCAACUCCAAGAAAUGUGACAAAGAGGAAAAGGCAGAAAAGGCUAAAGUGAAGCAGGCUAUCCAGAAGGGUAAUGUGGAGGCAGCCAAGAUCCACGCAGAGAACGCCAUCCGUCAGAAGCAUCAGUCCAUUAACUUCCUGAGGAUGAGUGCACGUGUGGAUGCUGUGGCUUCCAGGGUCCAGACCGCUGUCACUAUGAACCAGGUAUCUAAAUCCAUGUCCGGAGUGGUCAAGGUUAUGGAUGCUACUCUGAAAAGUAUGAACUUGGAGAAGAUUUCUGCUUUAAUGGACAAGUUUGAAAACCAGUUUGAAACUCUCGACGUGCAGACAGCUCAGAUGGAAGACACAAUGGGAAACACCACCACUCUGACAACACCUCAGAAUGAAGUGGAUACGCUGUUGCAUGAGAUGGCCGAUGAAGCAGGGUUGGAUCUUAACCUGGAGCUUCCUGCAGGCCAGACCGCCUCACUGGCUUCAUCUGUGGCAUCAACUGAGCAGGACGAGCUCUCCCAGAGGCUGUCCAGACUGCGAGACCAAGUGUCAUAAUGAUGACGCAGGAAACUAACCAGAUCAGGAGGAGGGAGAAGAGGAGGAGAAGCAAGAAGAGACAGGGAGUGAAGAUGUGGAGAAUAAACAAA